UUCUUAGCAGGUUUGGAGUUUAUUUUGUCAUCGCGAUCUGUACUGGUAUUAUAAUGAGGCUGAUUCAGUUCAGAUCAAAAUUUGGUGUAGUUAUUGCAGAGAAACUGCUCCUACUUGUCUUUCUUGUACUGUGAGUCCGCUGUGUUCAGCCUCUUGCUCGGCGUAUUGUAACUGACUUGAGUUACUGCAGUUCCUGCUCUCAAGGUGUUUGCUGUACAGUUUGGGGAAAGUUGAUGCACCACUUAAAUAGUGACACUAUGUUUUCAGCAGCGUCUUGUCAAGUUCCAUAGGUGAAUUUACUUUGGACAGUACUGUGAAGCAGGUCUGACAUGCCACUUGAAUUAAUAAAAGAAGUCAAUGGGGUGCCUGAAGUUGAUCUGCUAAAUAGAUUACAUAAAGUAGAUUUUAAAUCUCUACAGCCAGGUUGUGAUUAUAGCAAGAAGUAUAUCCAGGGAAAACUUGCACUGAUCUCUACUUUAACUUAUGAUGGAAAAAGAACACCUGUUUUGAAAAUUGAACUACAAGAACUGGAAAAUUCAAAUUCAGAGGCUAAUACUAUAAAUAUAUCAUUUUUUGGAAAAUUAGCAAAGGACUGUUCAAGAGUUUUCUAUAUAGGGGAUACCAUUGCAGUAGCUGGAUUUACUGUUCUGCCAGCAUCUUCAUCUACAAGCAGAGAUGGAAAAAAUAGUUUAUUUUUAGAAGUAUUAGAGGACUUAAAAUCAACUGUUUAUGUUUAUGUUAAAUCUGUAAGAGAUUUUUCUUCAGAAUCAAUGUCUUUGAUUUCAGCGCCACAUUAUAUAUAUACACCACUAAAUCAGCUUAAAAGUGGCAUGAUUGUCAAUGUCUAUGGUGUUGUGAAGUUCUUUAAGCCUCCGUAUCUAAGCAAAGGAACUGAUUAUUGCUCUGUUAUAACAAUUGUGGACCAGACAAAUGUAAAAUUAACCUGCCUACUCUUUAGUGGAAAUUAUGAAGCCCUUCCAAUAGUUUAUAAAAAUGGAGAUAUAGUUCGCUUUCAUAGGCUGAAGAUCCAAGUGUAUAAAAAUGAGACCCAGGGUAUCACCAGCUCUGGAUUUGCAUCUUUGACAUUUGAGGGAACUUUGGGAGCUCCUGUCAUACCUCGUACAUCCAGCAAGUGUUUUAACUUCACCUCUGAGGAUCAUAAGAUGAUAGAAGCCUUGCGUAUUUGGGCAUCUACUCAUAUUUCACCUUCUUCAACAUUAGUAAAGUUGUGUGAUGUUCAGCCCAUGCAGUACUUUGACCUGACUUGUCAGCUCUUGGGCAAAGCAGAAGUGGAUGGAGCAUCAUUUCUUCUAAAGGUAUGGGAUGGCACCAGGACACCGUUCCCAUCUUGGAGAGUGUUAAUACAAGACCUUGCUCUUCACGGUGAUUUAAAUCAUAUCCAUCGGCUGCAGAAUCUGACGGUAGACAUUGUAGUCUAUGAUAACCAUGUUCAAGUGGCAAAAUCUCUAAAGGUUGGAAGCUUUCUUAGAAUUUAUAGCCUCCAUACCAAACUUCAAUCGGUGAAUUCAGAGAACCAAGCGACAUUGUUAGCUUUAGAGUUUCAUCUCCAUGGAGGUACCAGUUAUGGUCGGGGAAUCAGAGUCUUGCCAGAAAGUAACUCUGAUGUGGAUCAGCUGAAGAAGGUUUUACAAUCUGCAGAUUUGACAGCCAGUCAGUGUUCAGAUGGUAUCUGUCAAGCAGAACUUGAGGACAGCUUUCCAACUGUUUCAAGUACUGGAUCUGUAUCACUAUAUGAGGUUGAAAGAUGCCAGCAAUUAUCAGCUACAAUUCUUACAGAUCAUCAAUAUUUGGAGAAAACCCCACUGUGUGCUAUUUUGAAACAAAAAGCUCCCCAACAAUAUCGCAUCCGAGCAAAAUUAAGGUCGUACAAGCCCAAAAGGCUCUUUCAGUCAGUUAAACUUUAUUGUCCUAAAUGUCAUUCACUGCAAGAAGUUCCACAUGAGGGUGAAUUGGAUAUAAUUUUGCAAGAGGGUGCAACAAAAGCCCCAGAUAUUAGACUACAAAAUACACCAUUAUAUGAUUCGAAGAUGUGGACUACUGAAGAUCAAGGAGAACGAAACAUAGCUGUUCAUUUUGUGAAAAAUAAUGGUGUUCUUCCACUUUCAAAUGACUGUUCAAUUUUGAUAGAAGGUGGUACACUCAGUGAAAUCUGCAAACUCUCAGAUAAGUUUCAUAGCAUAAUUCCUGUGAAAUCUGGCCAUGAAGAACUGGAACUCUUAGACCUCUCAGCACCAUUCCUUAUACAAGGAAAUCUACAUCACUAUGGAUGUAAACAGUGUUCUAAUUUGAGACCAAUACAAAAUUUAGAUUCCCUGGUUGAUAAAGUAUCAUGGGUUCCUUCUUCUGUGGCAGAAGUGCUAGGUAUUGUACCCCUUGAACAUGUGUUUGUGAUGACAUUUACUCUUGAUGAUGGAACAGGAGUAGUGGAAGCAUAUCUCAUGGAUUCUGACAAAUUCUUCCAGAUUCCAGCAUCAGAAAUUCUGUAUAAUGAUGACCUUCAGCAAAGUUUGGAUAUGAUCAUGGAUAUGUUUUGUCCCCCAGGAAUAAAAAUUGAUGCGUAUCCAUGGUUGGAAUGCUUCAUCAAGUCAUAUACUGUCACAAGUGGAGUGGAACAGAAAAUUUGCUAUCAGAUUUGUGAUACCACCAUAGCAGAAGAUCUUAUCUAACAUUGCCAUUCAGCAUAACAUAUGUAAUAUAUUGUAAUUUUAGAAAACAUUCCUAUUUUCUCUGAGAUUGCUUUAAAAUGUAAAAGAUUUAUCUCCCUAGUUUGUUUUCCAUGUUAACCACUGUUUAAAAUUUUUUUGACAAAUAAACAUGUUUUAAAGCCUUCUCAGUUCAAAAUGUUCCUCUUACUCAAGAUAUCCAGUAUGAUGGCUACUAGGGAUGUAAAAGAAAAUUCAUUGAAUAAAUACUGUUUCCAUUUACUCUUUGCAGUCCUUCCAGAGAGCCGUUUUGUUUCUCUACACUAAAGAUCACUUCACUAUUGAUUGUUGUAUAUAUCAGUCUUGGAUUUCUCUUCCAUCCACCAUCCCUGGUUACACUUUGUUGCUUUUCCUGACCUGAUUUUUUGUUUGUUUGUUUGUUUGUUUUUUAAUCAGCAUUGUUGGUGACUAUCAUGCUUAUGGAUUAGAAAAUGUCCUUACUCAAAUCUCUCAGCUUUUACUAACAUGGCGUCUAGGGGUCUAGUUGUUCUUGGUUUU